AGUCAUAGUCACAGUGCUUCAAGGUAUGUUCCCCCUCAAGUAAGGAAAGCUCAGGAGGCACUAGAUGACAAGAAAAGAGAAGAAUUGGGAAGACUGAAGAAGAUGGUGAAUGGUCUCAUUAAUAGGCUGAGUGAACCAAAUUUGCCCUCCAUUAGUGGACAGGUGGAAGAGCUCUACAUGGCCAACAGCAGAAAGGACAUGAAUGAAACUCUAACUGAUAUUCUCAUGAGUGCCUGUGUUACUCCAGUUGCCAUGCCCGCGAGGUUGGUGAUGGAACACGUCCUUCUGGUCAGCGUUCUUCAUCAUAAUGUGGGAAUUGAGGUCGGUGCUCACUUUUUGGAAGCCGUGGUGAAGAAAUUUGAUGAACUCUGUAAAUGUGAUGCUGAAGGGAAAGAAUGUGAAAAUCUGCUGGCCUUAAUUGCUCAUCUGUAUAACUUCCAUGUGGUUCAUUGCCUGCUCAUCUUUGAUAUUCUGAAAAAGCUUGUUAGUGCUUUCACUGAGAAAGAGAUUGAGUUGAUUUUGUUUCUUCUGAAAAACGUGGGCUUUUCCUUGAGAAAAGACGAUGCGUUGGCUUUGAAGGAACUGAUCACUGAAGCCCAGAGGAAAGCAAACACAGCAGACAAGAAGCUCCAGGAUCAGACUAGGGUUCGUUUUAUGCUAGAGACUAUGCUGGCACUGAGGAAUAAUGACAUGCGUAAGAUUCCUGGGUAUGACCCUGAACCAGUUGAAAAACUCCGCAAAUUGCAAAGGACACUGGUUCGCAGCAGUUCUGGAAAAGACACUCAGCUCCGUGUCUCCCUGGAAUCUCUCCUUAGUGCUGAUCAGGUUGGUCGCUGGUGGAUCGUUGGGUCAUCCUGGAGCGGAGCACCCAUGAUCAAUGAUACGAACGACGAGAGUCGGCAGAAACUGCACAUAGGAAAGGUGAGUUCAAAAAUAUUGGAUCUUGCUCGUAAGCUGAGAAUGAACACCGAUAUCAGGAGAAGUAUUUUUUGUGUCUUGAUGACAAGUGAAGACUACCUGGAUGCCUUUGAAAAACUUCUCAAGCUUGGACUGAAAAAUCAGCAGGAGAGAGAAAUUGUUCAUGUUACCCUUUACUGCUGCUUGCAAGAGAAGACAUAUAACCCCUUCUACGCGUAUUUGGCUGGCAAGUUUUGUGAAUGUGAAAGACGAUUUCAGAUGACGUUUCAGUUCAGUAUUUGGGACAAAAUCAGAGAACUGGAAAACCUGUCAGCCACUGCCAUCUCCAACUUGAUUUCACUGUUGGUGCACUUAGUAAGGACAAAAUCAUUGCCACUUUCAGUUCUCAAGGUAAUUGAAUUCAGCGAACUAGAUAAACCCAAAGUCCGUUUCUUGCGGCAAGUGUUAAGCAUGCUGUUAACCAAAACAGAUGCUGAGGAACUUCAUGACAUUUUUGUGAGGGUGUCUGACAACCCCAAACUGGGAAUUCUGCGAGAAAGCUUGAAACUCUUCCUCAACCACUUCUUGCUGAAAAACGGACAAGCCCAAAAAAGCGCUGAAGAAACUAGCUUAUUAAAAGAAAGAGUUGAACUGGCAACCAAGGCUUUGCAAUCAAAAGAACCCAAAUUAAAGCUAUAG